CUGGGCCUAAAUCAGAAAGCGGGCGAGUAGCAGGCAGUAAGCACAAGAGUAAAUCGUACCGUAGAGGUGUGGCAGAUGUGGUGUCGGAGAGACGUCGGUCGGCGCGGGCCGGCGCGCUGCACGCCGCCGUUCCCUUAUCGUUAUCACCUUAUCAACCCUUAUCAGUUACUCAUCGCGAAACCAAUCGCACAGCGCUCGAUUAACGCCCGUGCGAAUAAAAUUACUAUCCAGAUGUGAUUUUAUAGGCACCGAUCAUGUACGGUCACGGUGUAUUGUGUUUGUUAGUGUUUUCAGUGUUUUCAGCGCGUGUAGCCGGUCAAGUUCAACAACAACUACUAAACAAGUUGGUAUGCAUCGAGCAUGAAGAAUGCGGCUCCUGCCUUUCUGCUGCCUCCCAUUGCCGAUGGUGUGCGGACCCGUACUACAGUUCGGCUGCUCCGCGGUGCAACGAUGAUGAAACUUUAGUUACAACUGGGUGCAGCCAAGCGAUGAUUCAGCGGCCAGAGAAGCCUGUUUGGGUGGUGGCAGAGAAUAAUUCCCUUCAGGACAUGCAGUUGGGAAGCCAGGAGUCUGUAGUUCAGAUUCAACCGCAGCGGAUCAAAUUGUCGCUAAAGCCGCGCGAAACGAAGAAAAUUAAGUUUUCAUACAGGCCAGCCAAAAACUACCCUUUAGAUUUAUAUUAUUUGAUGGAUCUUACUUGGUCUAUGAAGGACGACAAGGAAACAUUGGUUUCAUUGCGCGACGACUUGCCUACUUUGCUCAAAAACUUGACCGAUAAUUUCAGGUUGGGAUUCGGGAGUUUUGCGGAAAAACCGAUAAUGCCAUUCAUAAGCGUGGAUGAGAGACGACGGGCGAAUCCGUGCAGUGUCGAAGAAGAGGCAUGUGAAGCAACCUAUAGCUUUAAACAUCAUUUAUCACUUACCAAUCAGGUUAACGAGUUUAUUAAUGAAGUGAAUACCAGUUCAGUGACUGCGAACUUGGACAAUGCAGAGGCGCAAUUAGACGCACUGAUGCAGGUAUUGACAUGUGGCGACAGAAUCGGAUGGUCGCCACGCAGCCGUAAAAUUGUAAUUCUAUCCUCUGACGGAUUGCUUCACACCGCCGGGGACGGAAGACUUGGUGGCGCAACAAGAAAGAACGACGAGAAAUGCCAUUUAGAUGAAAAAGGUUAUUAUAACGAAGCCGCGACUUACGACUAUCCAUCCAUAGCGCAAAUAUAUAGACUGUUAGAUGAGUACAAGGUGAAUGUUAUAUUCGCGGUGACUGAAAGUGUAAAGGAGCAUUACGAUAGCUUACAUCAAUUGCUUGAAGAUUUUACCUACGUGGCUAAGCUGGAGAGCGACAGUUCAAAUAUUUUGAAACUCGUGAAGACUGGUUACGAAGACAUUGUUAGUGUUGUUGAUUUCGAAGAUGAUUCCAGUUCAGGGCCGGUGAAGGUUAGAUACUUCACGGACUGCGGAGUAAAAGGUGGCCAGAUGAUCGAAGCCACCCGAUGCACGGGCGUUGGUUAUGGCAUGACUCUUAAUUACGAAGCACACGUUGCUCUCGACGCGUGCCGGGAAUUUGUAAGGUCCAGUCAAACCAUACGCAUUUCUGAAAGUCAACUGGGUCAAGAUUCACUGACCCUGGAAGUGGACAUUCAAUGCGGAUGUAAAUGUGAAGGUGAUUUGCAGAAAGACAUGUCAAUGACGUGUCCAGCAAAUUCGCACCUCGUGUGUGGUGUUUGUCAGUGCAAUAAAGGCUGGUCGGGCCCAUCGUGUGAUUGCUCCAUUGAGGACGAGAAUGCUUCAACUGAGCUGAUGGCGCAAUGCCGGGAGCCCAACACCACCCGGGCAAUCGCUUGCUCCGGCGUGGGCGACUGUUUGUGCGGCAAAUGCGACUGCGACCGAGGGUACAGCGGACGCUACUGUCAGUGCAAGACUUGCGAGAUUAGUCUUGAGAAUGGUAUAGAAUGUGGAGGUGUAGGUCGUGGGGUAUGCGUGUGUGGACAAUGUGCUUGUUCUGAAGGAUGGAGCGGGGAAGCAUGUGAUUGUACGAGUAGAAACGACACUUGCAGUGCACCUGGGGGCAAUGAUAUUUGCUCUGGACAUGGAGAUUGUGUUUGCGGACGAUGCGAGUGCGGUUCCGCCAACGAGGACGGUUCGAGGUACUCGGGCAUGUUCUGCGAGACGUGCGCGACGUGCGACAACCCGCUGUGCGCGCACGCUGAGCCGUGCGUGAGCUGCCAUCUCAACACCACCUGCACCGACCUCUGCUCCAUCGGCAGCGUCAACUACACCGUCACGGAGGAGAUGCAGGACACCGAAACCAUGAGCGAACAAGAUAUACUCUGCAUUUUACGUAGAGAAGAAGACUCUCUCGAAUGCGAAUACAAGUAUUCCUACACAGCAGUGAAGCAGUCAGCGGUCGCCAUGAAAAUCGUCAUCAGAUCUAAAGACUGUUUCCAACCAACCAGCGCGAAGAUCAUGACGAGCGGGUUCAUCAUCAUGGCAUGCGUCAUCGCCGGAGGUAUCUUCGUCAUCUUAGCUAUAAAGAGUGCUCAAGUCGUGUCAGAUAGGAGAGCGUACGCGAAGUUCGUCAAAGAAGCACAAGAAAGCAGAAAGAACAUGCAAGAACUGAAUCCGUUGUACAUAUCGCCUAUAUCGGAGUUUCGGUUACCGGACUCUUUCCCUAGAGAUAAGCACGAUUAGUGAUUUAUAGUACAAAAAUAGAGUUACGAAUUUGUCUUAAAGUUGAACAGUUAAAUUUUAUUAGGUUAUUUUAAAAACACAUCGUCUGUCGAGUGUUUUUGUGCCGUUUUUGGAUACUCGUCUUCCGGGUUUUUUAUUAAUCGAUAUCGUUUAUAAACACGUGGCGCAACUUUAAAGUAUGUAAUGUUAUUCUUGACAAUGAAUAUGUGUUUUUGUCCAAAAAUAAAUGACUUAUCUUUUUUUUACGUUGUUUAGUUUGUAAUAUUCGGAAAGUAAUGUUUUGUAACAUUUUUAUCAGUAAGUAGUUGAUAAGAUUUACUAGUCUUUUGUGGCAUGUACUUACAGGGCGUAUGAGAAUGUUUUUUGUCAUCUAAACUCACUCGUAUGAAUGCGUUAGUCAUAUUUCUUAAAUAUUUAAUUUAUGUUAACAUAAUAAGUUCCUAAAUGUUUGGUUCAAUUUAAAAUAAUUUUGUUUACAUGUACAUACAAAUAAAACGAUUGUUAACAUUUC